CAGCAUAAAAAAAUAUAUUGCCGGUGUAGAAACGUGAAGCUACUGCUGUAUUUUUCGGUGCAUAAAGUAAUUUAAAACGUGCUCUAAUUAAAAGGCCAAACCCCCUAAGUUUGGCCCUGUCUCCCACAGCAACUGUUGGUGACCAUUGUUCCAACGGAUGGUGGUGGAUUGCGUUCGUAAAUGUCCACUCAGCUUUUUCUCAACUUCCUCAGUAGAUUAGUUCCUAGAGGCGGCAGCAGCCCCGGAGCAGCACUGCGACACAUAUCCUCCUUAGUAUCUUCUCCCCGUUGCGUUCGAUUAAUCGUCAGUUCGUCCACAAAGCUACACCAACAGCUAAUCCCCCGACGACACAUCGAGUGGAAUCCAGCGGUACAGAGUCGCUCUUACGCGGUAGCAGCCAGCCAAAGCGACCCCUCAUUCAGAAAGCCCUUCAAUUGGGGUUCGAACAAAAAGCAUCGUGACGUGAAGCUUCGUCUCCAGCUGUUGGAAAACAUGACUGAUCCAAAGAUUGAGGCAGAACUGGCGCCGUUGCGCGAAGCUGUUAAGGAGCAGGGCGACCUGGUACGCAAGCUCAAAAGUGAAGGUGCUCCAGAAAUUGACGUGAAGAAAGCGGUCAAUGAGCUGAAGGCACGCAAGAAGGUGCUUGAAGAUCGUGAAUUGAGCCUCGCUCCCCAGGUGGCCAGCUUCGAUCGGGCCCGUAUGGAGGAUCUGCUGAAGCGACGGUUCUUCUACGAUCAAAGCUUUGCCAUCUACGGUGGCAUUACCGGCCAGUACGACUUUGGACCGAUGGGCUGUGCGCUCAAGUCCAACAUGAUUAAUACGUGGCGUCAGUUUUUCGUGCUCGAGGAGCAGAUGCUCGAGGUGGAUUGUUCCAUCCUGACGCCGGAACCGGUCCUGAAGGCGUCCGGCCAUGUCGAUCGCUUUGCCGAUCUGAUGACGAAGGACGUAAAGAAUGGUGAAUGUUUCCGGCUGGACCAUCUGAUUAAAAAUCACCUGGAGAAGCUGGCAGCAGCCAAGGAUGCGACGGCGGAGCUGAAGGACGAGUGUGCCGAUAUCGUGAUCAAGCUGGACGGUAUGACCAAGGACGAGAUGGCAGCGAUUCUGCGGAAGUACAACAUGAAAUCGCCCAUCACCGGUAACGAUCUGACGGAGCCGAUCGAGUUCAACCUAAUGUUCGGCACGCAGAUCGGACCGACCGGGUUGGUGAAGGGUUUCCUGCGUCCCGAAACGGCGCAGGGAAUUUUCGUGAACUUCAAGCGACUGCUCGAGUUCAACCAGGGCCGGCUACCGUUCGCUGCGGCCCAGAUCGGCAACAGCUUCCGGAAUGAAAUUUCACCCCGCUCCGGUCUGAUCCGGGUGCGCGAGUUUACCAUGUGCGAGAUCGAACACUUCUGCGAUCCGCAGGCUAAAAACCAUCCCAAGUUCGAGAACGUCGCGGACACGGUAAUGACGCUCUACUCCGCCUGCAACCAGAUGGACGGAAAGAGUGCCCAGCAGAUCCGGAUCGGUGAUGCCGUAGCGAGUGGUCUGGUCGCAAACGAAACGCUCGGCUACUUUAUGGCCCGCAUACAGAUGUACCUGCACCGGAUUGGCAUAUUGCCCGAACGGCUGCGGUUCCGGCAGCACAUGGGCAACGAGAUGGCACAUUACGCGUGCGAUUGCUGGGAUGCGGAAUGUCUCACCAGCUACGGAUGGAUCGAGUGCGUCGGAUGUGCCGAUCGGUCUGCGUACGAUCUGACGCAGCACACGAACGCGACGGGAGUGAAGCUGGUGGCGGAGAAAAAGCUACCCGCACCGAAAACGAUCGAAGUGACGGAAGUUGUACCGAACAAGGCCGCCAUCGGGAAGGCGUUCAAGAAGGAAGCGAAAGCCAUUACGGAGGCGCUGGCAAAGCUGAGCCUGGGUGAGGUUGAGACCAUUGGCAAGAGUCUGGGUGACAGUGGGGAGCAUUUGCUGGCGGUCAAUGGAACCGAUGUGAAGCUAACGAACGAUCUGAUUGCGGUGAAAACUACCUCCAAGACGGUGCACGUUGAAGAGAUCACCCCGAGCGUCAUUGAGCCUUCGUUCGGCAUUGGUCGCAUCAUGUACUCACUGCUGGAGCAUAGCUUCCGAAUGCGCGAAGGCGACGAACAGCGCAGCUACUUCUCGCUGCCGCCGGUUGUGGCCCCGUUGAAGUGCUCCGUGCUUCCGCUGAGUAACAAUGCCGAGUUUGCACCGUUUGUGAAGAAGAUUUCUUCGGCCCUCACAUCCGUCGACGUGUCGCACAAGGUGGACGAUUCGAGCGGUUCGAUCGGCCGCCGUUAUGCACGCACGGACGAGAUUGCCAUUCCGUACGGAAUUACGAUCGAUUUCGACACGCUAAAGGAACCGCACACGGUGACGCUGCGCGAACGGGACUCGAUGAAGCAAGUUCGCAUUGGAUUGGAUGAAGUUGCAAACACUAUUCGUGAUCUAGCAACAGGACGCACAAGCUGGGCCGAUGUGGAGCAAAAGUAUCCACGAUUUGAGCAGCAAGAAGCGAGCGCGAAGUAAAUCAGAAACGAAACGGAGUUACUAGGUGCAGAAAAAGAAUAUGCAUUUGAAAAUUAAAUGACACUAAACGCUUUAUACGAUAGCGGUCGCCUUUGUAUCCCUUUCCCAGUGUUUGUUUACUUAAUGUUUAAUUUAAAGCAUACUUUUACAUGCAAACCCGACACGGAUAAUUGCUUGCCUAUCACGCCAGCCUUCUACACGGUGCUGUUAGAUGUGCGCAAACAAACAGAAGUGUAAAAUUCAAAAUAAAGUUUUGUUCGAGAUGCCUAAUGCG